AUGAGGCAGCAUGGGAGUCCUCGCUUGGCUCUGGGAGUUCGGAUCAGUCUCCUGGGGACCCUGAAUGCCAUGGACUACAUGCUAGAAAAGUUGGUGCUCAGCUUUUUGGCCUCCAGAGUCAGUGAGGAGCUGCAGAGCAUCUUGCAGGUGCUGCUCAAAUUCACCAACUCUGACAGAGCAGCUGUGCAGGAGAGAGCCCUGGGGAGGAUUACAACGCUGAGCCGUUUGCUGGCCGACAAUUCUACGCUGAAGGGCUGGAGCCACUUUGAAAAAGAGAUAUUGGGCCCUGUCUGCUACAGAGAGAUCCAGAUCCCAAUCCUGGGGCAGCUGCUGGGACGUCUCCUCCUUUUCGAAUAUGCCAGAAAACAGAUCAGCUUUCAGGCUGUUGCUGCUCUUGAUUACCUCGCCGAAUUCAUCUGUGGGCAAAAAAGCAGGUCAGUGCUAAAGGAUAAAGCACAACAGCUCCAUCAGGAACCUGAGAUCACCUUCGUGCUUCGGUUGCACGCUGCCAGCAAUUCUCCCAAGGACUUUGCAGCUUUCCUCAGACCUUCUGAGAGGACAGACAUCGUGCUUGUGGCCAUCGAGGCAAUGAGAGACUCCAGCUUCUUUGACAAGGAGGCAGCAGGAAAGAUGCUGGAUUUGGUCAUGAGAAACUCUGACUUCUGGCUGGCAGAUGUGCCAAAGGUCAUGAAGGGCAUCCAUGAAAACCUGGAGGGCACCAACAGGAGCUUAGCCAGGCAGAGCAUAGAGUCACUGCUUCUCCUGCUGACCGACCGGUACCCAGGGCAAGCGGUCAUCAGCCUGGUGACGCUCUCUCCACCAGGACACAGGACUGGCAUGGCCAUGUGGGAGGUGGUGUUCUCCAGCCCCCAAACUUCUGAGAAGAUCCUAAAGGAGUUCCUUAGCUUGCUCCAGUACCAGUGGCUGCACAUGCCUCUCAGCUCCAGCACCGAACCCACCUGCACCUCCCCCUUGCUUCUGACGGCCUCCAGCGACUUUCAGUCAGAGGAUUUUGGUGACCAGUCCCAUGUCGAAACCCAUCAGAGGCCCCCAAGCCUGGUGACGGUCUCCCUGUUGGUCGGACACCUCAUCGUGCUGUCAGAGAGACCUGACGUGGUGAGCAGGGCGUUCGUCAAGGGGAGCCAUGCUGGCAGCCGGGGGCUGGGGCGCUGGCUCUACUGCUCCAUCAAGGGGCUGAAAGACCAUUUCUGGAAGGACAGCUCCUCCACAGGGGUGCCAUAUUCCCCUGCCCCUCCGAAGAGAAGGAAGGGCACCCCCACCAAAAAGCCAGUCAAGAGACCAGUUUUGCUGCGUUUUCUGCAGCUGGUGAUGCUGGUCCCGCUGCUGUACCGGAGCCCAGAGCUGGAGUUCCUGUCUCUGAAAUGUGCCAUCUAG